UGUCUAUCAUUCAUCUAUCAAAUAAAUUUUUCACGUAAUGCGGAUACAAAGAUAAAUGGAUGUAAGAAACUAUAUUAAUUUCUUAUGAUAAAGUUAUUUUAAUUGAUUAAAGAAUCUUAAGGAUUAGUUUUGUGGUUAAUUAUUUAAUAAUACAAUGGCUGAAAACGAGGAACUCACUGGACCAGUAUCACAAGAAGACAUAGAAGCAGCAGAAAAAUAUAAAAAUGAGGCAAAUGAAUGUUUUAAAAAACAACAUUACAAUAACGCUAUUGAAUUAUACUCUAAAGCAAUAGAAAAGAACCCAAAAAAUGCCAUAUACUACGGGAAUAGGAGUAUAUCAAAUUUAAAACUGGAAAAUUUUGGUUAUGCUUUGAGUGAUGCAACAAAAGCAAUAUGUUUGGAUAAAACUUACAUUAAGGCCUAUUACAGGCGAGCAGCGGCUAAUAUGUCUUUAGGAAAAUAUAAGCAAGCACUUAUGGAUUUCCAAUAUGUUACCAAAGUUAGGCCAAAUGACAAAGAUGCCAAGUUAAAGUACAAUGAAUGUAACAAAAUAGUUAUGAAAAUUGCUUUUGAGAAAGCAAUAGCAGUAGAGAAGAAAGAAGUGAAUAUAGCUGAUUCUAUUAAUUUAGAUUCUAUAACUAUUGAAGAUGAAUAUGUGGGGCCAAGUCUGGAAGAUGGAAAGGUUACUCUCAAGUUUGUGACUGAACUUAUGAAAUUCUAUGAAAAUCAGAAGAAGCUUCAUAAGAAAUAUGCAUAUAAAAUACUAAUAGAUGUCAAAGCAUAUCUUCAAAAACAGCCGUCUCUAGUAGAUAUUAAGGUGGAUGAUGAUAAAAAGUUCACCGUAUGUGGAGACAUUCAUGGCCAGUACUACGAUUUAAUGAACAUAUUUAAACUUAAUGGAUUACCUUCUGAGAGCAAUCCGUACUUGUUUAACGGUGACUUUGUUGACCGCGGCUCAUUUAGUGUUGAAUGUAUAUUUACCUUAUUCAGUUUUAAGUUGUUGUAUCCGGACCACUUCUUUAUGUCUAGAGGAAACCACGAAACGCUAGACAUGAACAGGGUAUAUGGUUUCCGAGGCGAAGUAACAUCUAAAUAUUCAUCACAAAUGGCUGAUCUCUUUACUGAGGUGUAUCAUUGGCUGCCAUUAGCCCAUUGCAUUAAUUCGCGUGUGCUUGUGAUGCAUGGAGGUCUAUUCUCGAAGGACGACAUCACGCUCGAUGAUAUCCGCAAAGUCGAGAGGAAUAGGGAACCCCCAGAAGAUGGUAUAAUGUGCGAGCUGCUCUGGUCAGACCCACAGCCAAUGGAGGGAAGGUCCCCAUCCAGAAGAGGCGUGGGCUGCCAGUUCGGGCCAGACGUCACGGCCGCGUUCCUCAAAACCAACAAGUUGGACUACGUCAUACGAAGUCAUGAGGUCAAAAAUGAUGGGUACGAGGUCGCGCAUGAUGGGAUGUGUAUCACGGUCUUCUCAGCGCCUAAUUACUGUGACACAAUGGGGAACCUGGGUGCAUUCAUAACUAUGAACGGGAAGGACCUUAAACCCAACUUCACAAAGUAUGAAGCUGUUCCUCAUCCGGACGUGAAAGCCAUGGCGUACGCGAACUCAGUUCUCAGCAUGCUCUACUAAACACGGUCAGGCGAACUGUUAAUUGUUAGCGGCCUUAUUAGGCGAUUAAUCACAUUUUGCCGCCUUCAUUAUCGUAAAUAGACAAUUUUAUCCAAUGAUAUUAAUAAUAAACUAAACCAGUGUAAAUAAUCAUAUUUGGGAGCUACUCAUAAGAUGUUAUAAAAGAUUAAAUAACGUGGUCGUUACCUUAGUAACGAUGUUAUCUCUAGGUAACUAUGGUAACGAAUCCCGUAGUAUCUUAGUCAAAAUAUAUCAGAUUUUUCUUCCCAGUGUUUUGCGUAUUAUUAAAGAAACAUGACGAAUCAUGUCACAAUCGAAAUUCUAGUCGUAAAAUGAAUUUAUGAUUAACAAUUUGGGUUGGAACUUUUUUUUUAAGCCACCGUCUUUACACAGGUAUCCUUAGGCAUAGGGUUACCAUAAUGAAAUAUUGACUAUAUUUAAUCUGUAUAUAACGUAAAAAAAACUACAAAAAUAGUGACAGAAUAUAUAUACCGAAUCUACUAGAUUCAAAUAGAAUUAAUAAUAACACAAUUUUUUUUUAGUAUUUUUACGUUAUAAAUAAUAUCUGGAUAAAUAUUUCUAUUCCGUGUUGUAAUGGUGUUCGGUCUUCCUGUUUCACGAUAAUAUGACUAAACGCCUAUGUUAUGUCGCUAGACCACUUAAUUGAAGAAAAAUAGAUAAAUAUUACCUAAAAACUUUUUAUGGUUGGAAGACACAUGGUUUAUUAUUAGUGGCAUUGCGAUUAUUAUAAACGUCAUACGUCUCCACGAUCUGUCAAUUGAUUAAGUUUGACAUUUGACAGUGCUCAAGAUUCUGUCAUCAGUUUAUAUGGUUAUUAGUAUUGAUUUUUUCGUUUUGUUUUAUUUUUAAGGUGUAUUUGUAGAAAGGUACAAUUAUGUUUAAUCAAAUGAGGUAACUUUUUUUUCUGUACAUAAUGCGAUUGUACGUGAAUGCAUUUUUUUGUACAUUCUAAGUUUUUAAAUGUUGCCAUUAUUUUAUUUCAAUAUUGAU